GAGUACGGCCUGAGGAGUGAGAAGGCGAUCGAGGUGGCGCUUUCUUCAACGUUGGCCGUGAUGUCGUUCCAACUGAACGCGCCCGUCAACAAGCCCGUGAAGUUCGGGGACAAGUGCGGGGGCGGCAACGCACAGUUUUUCUACGCGUACUGCUUCAAGGUGAUCCCCAACCAGCAGGAGCACACCCAAAGCAUGACGGCGCUUGGCUUUGAGGGCAACCAGCUGUGGAGCUUCGAGACGCCGAAGACGGUCGAAAAAAAGAUUCGCAUGUUUGUCUUUGACCUGGACGAUAAGGUGUUCAGACGCGUCGGCUGGGCCUUCUUCGACCUUGGCCUGGAAGUCUACAACAUCAGCAUCUGUCCAGUGAAGAACGCCACUACUGCGAACUUUCCGCGACUGGCCGUCGCGAAGCCUGUCCUAACAGAAAACAGAAACCGCAGGUUCAGCGUUAGAAUAAAGUAGACGCAUUGCUAGUAUAACAAGCUGACGAGCUUCUAGUGCUUCUGCUGU